CUCAACAGCUUCGAGACUUUCCGCCCAUUUCCGCCAUUGCAUCGUCUUGCUAUUUGCCUCCAUUUUACUCUCGUGUGUAUGUGUGCGUGCGCAGUGUCGGUGGAAGCUGGAAAGACAACAGGACGAAAAGGACGAGAAAUACCUGCAGACAUGGACGGCAUCAGCGAUGUUGCAGUUGGAGUGAAGAGAGGAUCAGACGAGCUGAGUAUGUACAACAGUCCCAACUCGGGCAUGAGCAGUAUCAGUGACGGGGCUUCCAAUGGCAGUGACAGUAAAAAGCUUAGGGUGGAGGAGGCCCCACCAUCUCGUGUGCUCCACAUCAGGAAGCUGCCCAACGAGGCCUCGGAGACCGAAGUCAUCGCCCUCGGCUUGCCUUUUGGCAAAGUUACCAAUAUCCUCACACUGAAGGGGAAGAACCAGGCGUUCUUGGAGAUGGGGACGGAGGAGACGGCCAUCACAAUGGUUAACUACUACACCACUGUAACUCCGCACAUCCGCAAUGUCCCUGUCUUUAUUCAGUACUCCAAUCACAAAGAACUCAAAACUGAUGCUGGCAAUCAGCGGACCCAGGCGGUGCUUCAGGCAGUGUCGGCGGUCCAGUCCGGCGGCUCACCCAGCUCAGACGUACAGGAGGCUCUGGCUGCAGCCUCCAGUCCUGUGCUGCGGAUCAUCAUCGACAACAUGUUCUACCCUGUAACGCUGGAUGUGCUGCAACAGAUUUUCUCCAAGUUUGGCACAGUCAUGAAGAUAAUCACAUUCACCAAGAAUAAUCAGUUCCAGGCCCUUCUGCAGUUCAGCGAUCCUGUCAAUGCACAGCAGGCCAAACUGGCACUGGAUGGCCAGAACAUCUACAACUCGUGUUGCACGCUGCGUAUCGACUUCUCCAAGCUGGUCAACCUGAAUGUCAAGUACAACAACGAUAAGAGUCGCGACUACACGCGGCCCGAGCUGCCUGCUGGUGACGGCCAGCCCAGCAUCGACCCCUCGGUGGCCGCCGCCUUCAGCAAAGACUCCAACUCCCUCCUCGGUAAGAUCCCAGGAGCGCUGAACCCUCUGAGCGCGGCGGCGGCAGCAGCUGCUGCUGCAGGGAGGGUGGCCCUCGCUGGACAGACGGGCUCCAGCGGAGUCCUGCUGGUCAGCAACCUCAACGAGGAGGUUAGUAACACACCUGCACACACACACACCUGUCAGACGGACCAUCUACCCCCCCUACCCCAACUUCAUCCCUCUGUAGUUUUGUUUUUGCUGUUUAGGGCCGGUAGUUUCCCUGUUCUACUUUUGUCAUGUCUUGAGUCUGUCAUAGCGGAGACCUUAAGAAGGUCCGUGCUGGGAUGUUUACGUUACAUAAUGUGGUGUAUUUAUCUGUUUUCUCUGGCUGUGAAUGAGCUUCUGACAAUGUCCUUGUCUCCGAUGCUAACUUUCAGUGUUUUUCUAACUGUCUGCUUUCUCUCCACCUCAACGCUUCUCCUCGUGCCCGCCUGUGGCUCUAAUGCAGGAGUGUACGGCGAUGUCCAGAGGGUGAAGAUCCUUUACAAUAAGAAGGACAGCGCUCUCAUUCAGAUGUCCGAUGGCAACCAGGCCCAGCUAGCAAUGAGCCACCUGAAUGGCCAAAAGAUGUACGGGAAGAUCAUCCGGGUGACGCUGUCCAAGCACCAGACGGUGGCGCUGCCCCGUGACGGCCUGGACGACCAGGGCCUGACCAAGGACUACGCCAACUCCCCACUUCACCGCUUCAAGAAACCUGGCUCUAAGAAUUUCCAGAACAUCUUCCCGCCAUCUGCCACCCUUCACCUCUCCAACGUCCCACAAGAUGUGACGGAGGAUGACCUGCGGCUGCUCUUCUCCAACGCUGGAGGCACUGUGAAAGCAUUCAAGUUUUUCCAGGAUCGCAAAAUGGCUCUGAUCCAGAUGUCAACAGUGGAGGAGGCCAUACAGGCCCUGAUUGACCUGCACAACUACAACAUGGGAGGCAGCCAGCACCUGAGAGUCUCCUUCUCCAAGUCCACCAUCUAAAGAUCUGACCCACAGCGUGUCGGAAACCUUACAGACUGUGUCUGGACACUGGGGGUGGGGGGCAGUUUUGUUGUUGGGGUUUUGUUGAUCCUGUCAUUCCUAGAGAGACUGACAUUUUUGACUCGCAUCCUUUUUUUAAAGAGAAGAAUUGAGUAUGUUUCAGAUACUGGAUCCUCCCAGCUAUUCUUAACUGUACCUCUGUAUUUUUAUGUAAAACACAAUAUUACAUGAUUGAUUGUCCCCCUGUAUGAUAGUUUGAUGUAGAUCAGUGUUUAAUUCUUUAUUUAGUUGGAAAGAUACAGUACUUAUGUGCCUUACUUGACAAUAUCAACCAUUUCUACAGCUGGACAUGGUUACUCAUUACUCUGCUAUGCUUCUGAGGCACAUUGGUAUUGGAUAUUUUUGGGGGUUAGUGAGAAUGCAAGCUGUGUUGUCAUCCUCUAGACAUUGUUACAGUUUCCCUUUUAGUUUAUCAACAGAAGAGAAUAUUCCUGAGGCAACAUGUAAGAGUUUUCCAGCAUCCUGUGCCUGGCAGCUUCACUUGAAUUCCAUUAUUCCACGAGUACGCUCAGUGUGAGACUGUUCUCCCCAGUUUUGAAUUCACAUAUCACGGUGUGAUUUCUUUAUCCGUGUUUUGAAGCCUUCCAUGCUUUUUCUUCUUGGCAGUGAGGUGUAAUCGUCAGUGACAAUGGUUUUCUAAGCAUGUUUAGUUAUGAUAGGAUCUCCCAUCAGAAAGUGUUGCAUGCUGUGGAAGCAGUUAGAAGAGGAGUCCACUGUGAUUUUAUUGUCAAGUGACCGUUUACUAGAGAGGGCUACUCAGUUGGACCAAAGUUUCUGUGCCUUUUAGUGUUCCUUGAACUCAUUUGAACUAAAAGCAUUAGAACACACUGACGGCCAGAAUUAUAAGUGGUGAGUUAAUUCCCAUUUUUUUUAAAGACCCAACAGGACCUCUUGCUCAGAAAUAACAUAGUAAUGUGUAUUUUUUUUCUUCCAAGUCUGAUUUUUAUACAGCUCAAAAUGUAAGGAUUUGGUAUAGUUCUGAAGAGGCACAAUUAAAGGAUGAAUUAUUUUCUAACAAGGGGAGGUGCGCCUUGGUUUCCUGCUUUUUGAGUUUUCCCUCUCAUGGUCUCUCUCAUGUAUUCUGCAUUACGUCUGUAGCAUGCUUAAUAAAACUAUUCUGUAGCGCUGCAUUCA